AUGUCUGACUCUGGUCGCAAGGAUUUCUCUACCAAGGCCAAGGAGGAGAUCACUCCUGACUCCAGCAAGUCCACCCAGGAACGAAUGAAGGAGACCGUCACCGACACUACCGACCGCCUCUCUCGCGGCGCUCAGCCCGAUGACAACAAGAGCUCCACCCAGCAGGCCUUUGACAAGACCCAGCGUGCGGACGACCGCCAUGCUCACGGCAGCACCCCUCGGUCUAUUGGCGACAAGGUCAAGAAUGCUGUCGGUCUCGGUGACCACUAG